UGGGCGGGUCCGCGGGGUCGGGAGGUGCCCGGCGGCCCUGCGUCCUCCCCGCAGCCCGUGGGCGCAAGUGGCGGUCGGCGUCCUGUCCGCGCGCUGGCCUCGGUCCCGGGGACAGGCUGUAACCCAGCGUCGGUCGGAGUCCCCGCUGCCACCCGACCUGGCUCUCCCAGCGCAGAUGUUUCCAGUGACCGAGACCCGCCGCACAGACCGGGGUUGAGUCCACGUUGUUGAGACUUGGAAAUCGCGUCUGGGGAGUGGUCACAUUUCCAAGCGUGAACUUGACUUUGGAAACCCGAGCGGAUGGGGGAGCGCACAGAUUCCCGCGGGACCGGGGCAGAGCGGACGGGGCUGAAUAUACAGAUAAAUCCUGUCUGUGCCCGCUGCUUUGGAACAAGUGCUGCCUCCCACAGUUGACUCUGAACCACAGGCCAGCAAGGUAUUCCCUGCCCUCCUAGGUGGUCUGGGGAGAUUGCUGUGUGAAUCAUCUGCCUCCCAGUGCAUACCAGCAGCAACAAGCACUGCAAGACUGACAGAGAUGAUAAUUGUAAUUUAUCUGUUUUCUCCUUACACACCCUAAACAAGGAAGUCGGGGCCACGUGGAGUUCAAGUUUAAUUGUAAUACUUUUGGAUGUUAGAAAGGACAUGAGGAGACUAAAGACCUGGGAUUGUGCUGAUCAGAAUGAAACCAAUGUUGAAAGACUUUUCAAAUCUGUUGUUGGUGGUGCUCUGUGACUACGUGCUUGGAGAAGCUGAAUAUCUCUUGUUGAGAGAACCAGGCCAUGUAGCACUAAGCAACAGAACAGUGUCUGUGUAUUUCCAGUAUUCUGAUGGUGCUAAUGGGACGCUGAGGAACGUAUCUGUCCUGCUUUUGGAGGCCAACACCAAUCAGACUGUGACCACUAAGUCCAUCCUGACCAACCAGUCCCAGGGAACACUCGAGUUUGAGUGCUUCUAUUUCAGAGAGGCUGGUGACUACCAGUUCAUAAUGCCUCUGGAGUCAGCAGACAAUAGCACUCCACUCUUCCGUGGGGAGAAAAGUGCCUUUCUGAAGGUGGAAUGGCCUCUCUUUCACAUUGACUUGAACAGGACCUCUGCAGCAGCAGAAGGCACCUUCCAGGUGGGCCUUUUCACCAGCCAGCCACUCUGCCCUUUUCCUGUCGCCAAGCCUGACAUCACGGUGGACGUCAUCUUCACUAACAGUCUCCCCCAAGCAAGUGCAACUCUGGGGCAUCCACUGGAGAUUAGAACCAGCAAAAGGACAGAACUUGCUCAAGAUCAGUGGGUUGAGUUUGGCUGUGCACCCGUAGGGCCAGAAGCCUAUGUCACCGUGGUGCUGAAGCUGCAGGAGCGAGACUCGGUCAUUACCUCCACAGGACCCAUUGACCUGGCCUGGAAGUUCGGAUACAAACUGGUGAUGGUGCCGGAACUUGAGUGCGAGUCUGGUGUGGAGGUGAUGGUGCUACCCCCACCGUGCAUCUUUGUUCAGGGGGUGAUCGCUGUCUUCAAGGACAGCCCCGGACACCCUGGGGAGAGGCUUGUACAGCUGGCUCAGAACAACCUGCUCCUGGGAGAGAGGAGAACAGUGUUUAACUGUACUUUGUUCGACAUGGGGAAGAAUAAAUACUGCUUUGACUUUGACAUUUCAAGCAGAAGUCAUUUUUCUGCAAAGAAGAAGGAGUGCAUGCUAAUUCAGAGAAAUAUGGAAACUUGGGGACUGUGGCAGCCAUGGAGCCAGUGUAGCACCACAUGUGGGGAUGGUGUCAGAGAGCGUCGCCGAGUGUGUCUCACUUCCUUCCCCACCAGACCUGGUUGCCCUGGAAUGCCCUUGGAGACCUCCCUGUGCUCCCUGGAGGAGUGUGCUGCUUUCAGACCAUCCAUCCUGCCUCCUCUUCAGCCCCAGGCUCCAGCCAAGUCCAACAACAUCGUGACGGUCACUGGUAUAUCCCUGUGCUUGUUUAUCAUCGUGGCCACCAUGCUCAUCACGCUGUGGCGGAGGUUCGGCCGCACCCCUAAGUGCAGCAGCCCCGUGCGGCACAGCUCCGUGCACGGCCCAGGCUUCCGCAAGAACUCGGACCAGGAGACCAUCUGCGAGCUGGGCGAGCUGGGCGAGCGGGGCAGCAGCUUCUCAGACGCGGGCGACGGGCCGGGCGCCGGCCUCUCGCUGGACGAGGCCUCGGGCAUCGAGAGCUUCCAGUCGGGCGCGCACAAGAUAAUCCCCCCGCUGUUCAGCUACCGCCUGGCGCAGCAGCAGUUGAAGGAGAUGAAGAAGAGAGGCCUGACGGAGACCACCAAGGUGUACCACGUGUCGCAGAGUCCCCUGACUGACACUGCGGUGGACGCUGCUGCCGGCCAGUCCCCCUUGGACUUGGAAAGCUCGGAAGAAGCUGCCACAAACAAGUUCCGGAUCAAAUCCCCAUUUCUGGAUCAGCCAGCGGCCAGUGCUGGGGACAGGCCUCCCUCUAGGCUGGACGGGGGCGCGUCGCAGGCCCGCUGUGCCGUUAGCCCCAGCCAGACCCUGAUCCGCAAGUCACAGGUGAGGCAUGUGGGCAGCAGAGGAGCCCCACUGGACAGGACCCACCCCAGGAACUCCCACUUCCGGAGGACGGCUAGUUUCCAUGAGACCAAGCAGGCCCGGCCGUUCCGGGAGAGGAGCCUGUCAGCACUGAUGCCCAGGCAGGUGCCUUCUUACAGCUCCAGGGCGCGGACCUGGGACCAGGCUGAGGACAAGGUCAGGCCUCCUAGCAGAGGCAUCCACUUGGUCCCUGAGAGACGGGAGCUUCUCCAAGGCGCAGGAGGAAGCGGCGGCCCAUUGAGCCCCCUCCCCAGAUCCUGCACCGUAGGGCAGCCCUCCAGGAAGGCAGAGUUGGGGGGUCCCUUGGGGGGUCCCCAGGCGGGACUGGCGGUGGGAGCUGAGAGAACCGAGCCUCCUAAAGCCCGGAGGGGCCCAUCCCCGGGUCACAGGAGUGUCUGCAGAAAGCAGUCUGCCCCCACAUCCCCUAAGGAAGGCUACCAGAGGGUCAGUCCUCUGAGCCCUUCUCAAUGUAGAAAAGACAAGUGUCAGAGCUUCCCCUCCCACCCGGAGUUCGGCUUCUAUGACAAUUCAUCCUUCGGCCUUACCGAGGCCGAGCAGAGGAUGCUGGACCUGCCUGGAUAUUUUGGGUCAAAUGAAGAGGAUGAAACUACAAGUACGCUUAGCAUGGAGAAGCUAGUGAUCUAGACCAGGAAUGAGCCGGGGCGUUCACACAGCUGCGUCAAACUGCUCCGGUUCUGUGGACUGUUCUGUGUGACUUGCUGUAGGACAAUGAGGGGGGGAAAUACCUGGCCCCAGAGGAGGAUGUGUGUAUGCUUGCCUUGUAGUUCCUAAGGGAGAAGUUAUUUAUCCUGAACUUUUUCCUUUGUUAUCCUGCUUCUAUUGGUUUUUAACUAAUAACAAUGGUAAUAAAAAAUAAUAACAUUUAAACAAGACCAAAUGGGGCUUGGUCUAUCCUAUGGCUAUGAAAGAUGGUG